AUGGCCGAGCUCCCGUCAAAGUUGCACCUCACCUCACAUCCCAUUUGCCUGAGGAUCCGUGGGACCUCGGUGUAUGAGGACGAUAAGAAGCACACGUGGCUGCAUCUCGUCAUGGAGACAGGAGGUGUCCUGCAAGUACGGUUGCGCCAGGAAAAAAUCCCCAGUGGGCAUAUCGCACUCACCACCAGCCCGGAGACCUCGAGCACCAUGCCUUUUAUGUGGACGCUCCAACCUGGCGACAAGUACCUGGACUCCAUUUGCCGGUUCUGGCGCAUUGUGCACCACAUCAAGGAGAAUGGCAUGAAGGAAAUGAUCCUUGAGCUGAUGGAACACUCAUAG